AUGGACAGCAAGUUAAACCGAUUUAAGCUGAAAAAUACCAUAAACAGCAGGAAUGAAACCAUCUCCAAGGUCUUUUUAGGAGAAAUUGAUGAAGAGACAGCUCUGCUAAUCAUGACAAAAAGCUCGCUUGAUGACUCUCUGGAGAUACCCGCGGUCAGCAAUGUUAUACAUCAGAAUGAUAUUUUCACGAGUGGAACUCUCGAGUCAACCGAAAGCAUCAAAUACUCGAUAAUACACCCUGCCACAGAAACACUGAUAAAGAAGUACACAGAAGCAGAUAGAGUUAUGGUCAGAGAGACAUACGACAUGUACAAGAACAAAAUUCUUCCCUUGGCGCUUGAAAAAGGGCCAAACCAUCUGUGGAUAGACAAUAUAUUCGCGCAGGUAGAGGGCCACUCAAUCCCCUGCACCACCGAAAGCAAUGAGCAGGUGCUAUAUCUAGAUGAAGAGUUUCUGAUAUGCCCUGACCUGAAAUGGGAUAGAAAAACGAUGGACUCUCUCUAUCUUCUCGUUCUGUUCAAAAACCCAGAGAUCUACACGCUCAGAGAGCUUACAGCCGAGCACAUUCCUCUUCUGCAGAAAAUAGAGCAGGCAAUUGAAAAAGUUCUCAGAAUAUACAACUACCAAAUAGACCAAACAAAAGUCUACUUCCACUACUACCCAACGUUCUACAGAGCACACAUCCACGUAUCAGCAAUAACUGCUUCCUCACUAGGAAGAGCAAUAGGAACGUCAGUCCUUCUGCACGAUGUCAUAGACAAUCUAAGGAUAUCGUCUGACUACUACAAAAAAAGAACAAUGGAAAUAGUUUUAUCAAAAGGCUCCUAUCUCUAUGAAGGAUAUAUCGCUAACGAAAAGUAA